UAGAUUAGAUUAUACACGAUCCUACUUAAAAAUGUCUGUGGUAAGUGCAGAAAACAAAUGCGGAGAAGGUGGUGAUCAAACUCAGCACAAUUACUCUAAAGAGCAGCAUGGAGUUUCUCUUGAUACUGAUACUCCAACAACAGAAGGGGAGAGUAAUGAUACGCCAGGAGAGAUAAUCCUGGAAGGAACAGUGAAAAUUGCAGGGAAAGAAAAACACAUGCAGUUAAAAGCUAAUGGGCUUGAGAUAGCAGUGAAUCCCAGGAAAGACAAAUCAAAAGUCAUGUUUAUCCCGUUGCGUGAAGUAAUCUCUGCAUCGAUUGAUACUACACCUUCAGAUCAACAAAACUCAUCUUUUGUGGUUCAUCAUGUACAACACAAAUCAAACUGCAGCAUGAAAGUAACAUCAUUAAAAAUUGAAGAUUUGGGAAAACAGGCUGAAAGAUGGGUUAGCACCAUACUUGAUCAAUGUCUCAAAGUUGAUGGACGCCCUCAUAAGCUUUUUGUCCUCAUAAAUCCCAUUGGUGGAGCUGGCAGAGCCAGGCAGAUCUACCACAAAAGUGUGGCCCCUAUCUUUGAGCUAGCACAGAUAGCUACUAAAGUUAAAGAAACUGAUAAGUCCAAACAUGCCUUAGAGAUUGGAGAAACUCAAGACUUUUCAUCGUUUGAUGGAGUUGUAUUAGUUGGUGGUGAUGGACUGUAUCAGGAGUUUCUACAAGGGCUCACAAUACAAACACAGAAAAAAGCUGGUGUCAACUACCACAGUCCAGACACCAAGUUUGUUCCAACUCCAACCCCCAUUGGGAUCAUUCCUGCAGGUACAGGAAAUGGUGUUGGUAGGUGGAUCAAUGGUUCAUCUGAUCCUGAAACAUCUGCAUUAAGCAUUGUUCGUGGUGAACAGCAUAGAGGCCAGAUUCUUACAGUACACAGUGAUGAUAAAUUUAUUUGUGUCAGUGCCAUGAUGUUGGGCUAUGGGCUGUUCUCAGAAAUAAUAAAAAGAAGUGAAGAGCUAAGAUGGAUGAAAAGGGCUCGAUACGCAUAUGUCUUACUAGCAGCUUUGUUAAAGACAAAAAGAGUUUUUAAGUGUGAGUUAGCAUACAGGGUCUCAACAGAGAACAACAAAAGUGUUGAGAAUGCAAACACAGACACAAGUACAGAACACCAUCAGGAUGAAGAGUGGUCGAUGUAUACAAAAAGCAACAAUCAUUACUGCGGCAUAUCCUGUGGAACCCUUCAUACGAAAUCUGAUGGUGGCAAGCAGUUCUUGAGCCCUUUUGCCACACACGUCCAACUUGGCAUAGACUCUGGCUGUGGCAAGAUUGCAAUGUUCCGGAACAUGUUUCAUAUUACUCCAGAUGAAGCCACUUCAUCAACUCCUUCAUCAAAUCUAGAAUUCAUAAACAAUGUGACAGCCUUUAAGAUCAAAGUACUGCAUGAUGAACCAGGAGACAAUCUGACACAAGAACAAGCUCGAGUGAGAGAGUUGGAGAGAAUUGUAAACGCAGAUGGGGAGAUAGUUUACGUUGACAACCCAGACAUACUUGUCAGGCUUCAUGUUGCUUAUGUUGCACUUUAUGGGCGUGAUAAAAUAAAGCAGUCCUUUUGGUAAUUCACAAGUUUCUUUGGCUGUUGAACUGUUUAACAUCAAAGAUUCUCCCUGUAAUCAGGGAAAGAGAAUUUCACCACAGUUCGACGUAUUGACAACUUUUUGUGUAGGCAUGAUGGUAAAUUUUAUAAAAUUUAUAUAAAAGGCUGAAUUUAUAGGCAUUAAUAAUUAUAAAAUGGUUAUUAAUUAGAAACGAAGAAAGAUCAUUGCUUUGUUUUUUUUUGCUUUCUUUUAUUAUUCUCUACCUUGAUAAAUAUUUUUAUACCAUUUUUACAUAUAUGUUCUAUGGUUGAACAUUAUUUGUCUGGUGCAAUUCUUUCAAACCCAAUUGAUAAUCAAAAUAAAAAAGAGGCAGUGGUGCAUUUUUCUACCACAAACUCCUCAGACUUAAUGCCGGAAUUUUAUAAACUUUGACCUCACUUUAACUUAAUUAAGGCCUCAUUCAGUAUUUAAACUUUUAUUACUUUUUAAAAAUAUAUAUAUGGAAAAAAAAAUUAUGCUUCAAAAUUUCUCAGAAUAAAAUAUUUGUGAAAGCUGGUUACUCUAUGUAAUUUAAACGAAUGUUGUCACUAUAUUCUUCUGGUAAUUAUUUUACCACUAUUUUUGUACACCAGUUUACCUGUGUUAAAAUUCAUGUGAUUGUUACGCGUUAUAUAAAUAUGUAUGUAUAAAAGUGCAAUACAAUUAUAUAUAUUAAAUCCAACAUUUUUAUGAAGAUUUCUAUAUGUACUUUUGUUUCAAAAAUUGUAUUUGACAAUCUGUUAAACUUGUUUCCAACGUAUUGCAGUUGUAGUGUCAAAACCUUUAGUUUACUUGUUUAC